CGUGGACAGGCCACAGACAAUGGACCGCUACCAGCGCAUCGAGAAGGGCGGCUCCAUCGGCGAGGGCACGUACGGCGUCGUGUACAAGUCGCUGGACCUCAAGACCAAGAAGGUCGUGGCGCUCAAGCGCAUCCGCCUCGAGACGGAGGACGACGGCAUCCCCAGCACGGCGCUGCGCGAGAUCUCGGUGCUGCGCGAGCUCGAGCACCCCAACAUCGUCAGUCUGCUGGACUGCCUGCAGGAGGACGGCAAGCUCUUCCUCGUGUUCGAGUUCAUGGACAAGGACCUCAAGCGCUUCAUGGAGCACAAGCUCGGCAAGCUCGAGCCGGCGCAGAUCAAGAGCUUGUUGUACCAGCUGCUCAAGGGCCUCGCGUUCUCGCACUCACGCGGCAUCAUGCACCGUGACUUGAAGCCGCAGAACCUGCUGGUGAACAACACGGGCGAGCUCAAGAUCGCCGACUUUGGGCUGGCGCGCGCCUUCAGCCUCCCGAUCAAGAAGUACACGCACGAGGUGGUCACGCUGUGGUACCGCGCGCCUGAGAUCCUGCUCGGCCAGGAGGUCUACUGCCCUCCGGUGGACAUUUGGUCCGUCGGCGUCAUUUUCGCCGAGAUGGUCUCCAAGAAGCCGCUCUUCACCGGUGACUCGGAGAUCGACCAGCUCUACCGUAUCUUUAGGACCCUUGGCACGCCGAACGAGUCGUCGUGGCCUGGCGUCACCAAGCUGCGCGACUACGCGCCCACGUUCCCCAAGUGGAAGAGGAAGGACUUGCGAGAGCUCUUCCCGAACCUAGAGGAGAGCGGACUGCACUUGCUGGAGUCCAUGCUGCGCUACGACCCAGGAACAAGAAUCAGCGCAAAAGAAGCGCUGCGCCACCCGUACUUCGACGACGUCGACUCAACAUAUUUGUGA